GAUCUUCCUCGCAUCGUGAGACUAAUGCAAAACAAUCAGGAGGCAACGAGGUCAACAUGCUAUUGUCCGGCUUGCAAACGAUGCUUCCAAAGAUUCGGUUCCAGUGGCAAAGCGGGCGUUGUUUCCUGUUGUUUCUUCUUUGACCUUUGUGAAUAUAUAAGAGGACCCGCUCUCGACAACACGGGUCCAUCUCUUCUUAUUCCCUCUUCUUUUACGGGGCUCCGGGAGCCUACACUUAGUUUCAUAUCAACGAACACGAUGGUCAACCUUAUCAUUCUCGCAGGCGGAUAUACCAACUUCAUUGCUACCUAUCUUUUCAAUUCUACCUCCUCUAAUCUGACUUUGUUGGGCCAAAGUCCUUCUGGAGAGAAUCCGUCUUGGAUAGCUUCACAUCCUACAAACAAGAGUAUUCUCUAUGCCGUGAAUGAGGCAUUCAAUGGCCUAGGACAACUACAAUCAUUCUUGGUAGGGCAAGAUGGCGCAUUGUUCAAUGUGGCUAACGCGAGUUCUGGGGGAGAUGGACCGGCUUUUGUCAAUCCAUUGUCUACGGGAGAAGUGGCUAUAAUGAACUUUGGCUCUGGUGAUGGCAAGUUCGUCCCCACUAAAGAAGAUCCCCUUGAAUUCGAUGAUACUGCACCUGUUGUGACGUUUCCAACACCAGAGAAGCCGCCGCCGAGCAACUUCUCCAGACCGCAUAUGGCGUUGGACGUUGGCUCAGAAGUCUUAGUACCUGAUCUGGGAGGCGAUACCGUCUGGAGAUUGGCAAAAGACAACAUCACUGGCGAAUACAAGAUCCAAGGUCAAUUGCAACAACCUCCAAAUAGCGGUCCACGACACAUUGCUGUCAAAGGAAACACGUUGUACACCAUUCAUGAAACAGAUAGCACACUCACUCAACAAGCUAUUCCUCAGGACCCCACAGCGCCUUCACCUAUGAUAGCCACCUUUAACAUAACCCCUCCAAACCCACCUCCCCAAGCCCAAUUUGCGGCAGCCGAGAUCCGCCUCCUCGAUUCUUCACCUAAGUUUCCCAAAGCCUACAUUUACGCAUCAAACAGGAACAUUGGGCCGGUACCAGCACCAGAGGGCGAUGCCAUCGCUGUCUACGAGGUGGAGCCCCAAUUGAAGUUUGUCAAGCAUGUUUUCACGGGCUUGCAACAGAUCCGUGGAAUGGAAUUUGGUGGGGACGAGAAUGAGUUCUUGGUUGCUGCCGGGAACGUUGGUGAGGCGGGGACGAUCGUGAUGAGAAGGACGAAUGGAGGGGCUGAUCUGGAGAUGGUUGCCCAGAACACGGAGAUCUUGACAAGGACCACUUUUGUCUUGCUACAGCAGUGACCAGUGUAUUAUAUCUGAAACGCAUUGACGCCUUUAUGAUGAACGUUCAGAAUAUUUUCGAGAAUGGAUAGCCCAGCCUUCUAAUGAAGGUUCGGGCAACCAGUCAUGCCUGAGCACAUAAGCUGCUUCGGUGGCGCAACGGUAUCGCGCAGGUGUAUCCCGGACAAGGAUACACAAGAAAGGCGAGCUUAGCAUAAGAACUUCAGAUGCAGCGGCAACCGACAGAAGUAGACAAGGUGAGGUUGAUACAAGUAGAACUGAUAUCAUAGGGCCGCCUCUAGCAACCAGCCUCCUUGGAGAAAUGAGGAUCUGAAGGAUCAGAGCGUGAUAAGAAGGUGGCAGGUUUUGUACAAAUUUGUAUCUACUGCGGCCUUGAUAUUCUACCAGGAAUAAACGAACCUGUUCAGG